GUCAGAGCGGCGCCGGCCGGCGGGCGGAGCGGCACCAGCCACCAGCCACCGGCCACCAGCAACCAGCGGCCACCACCAGCAACCAGCACCGCACCAGUGAUCAGUGCCCAGAGAUCGGCAGAACCCGCGGUCACGUGAUUAGAGCCCGGCCAGUGACCUGCUGCGGCUGGUGGUGACAAACCACCGGCAACCAUUGGACAUCAGCCAGCAACCAUUGGACUGCGACCAGCAACCACUGGGCAGCAGCCAUCCAUCAUUGGUAAGCAACCAAAGCCCAUCGCUGGUCAACCACCAACGGUCGGCAGCCAGCAACUGGGACCAGCCACCAAACCGUGGGCGUCAUCCGUCAACCAGCAACCAGAUCCAGCAACCAGACUGGACGACAGGCCGCCACCGUCCGCCCCUCGCAAUGGGCGACCACACCGGAGCUCACGGAAAGAAAACGUCACACUGCGCCGGCUGCGGCGGCGCCAUCCACGAUCAGUACAUCUUGCGGGUCUCCCCGGACCUCGAGUGGCACGCCGCCUGCCUCCGUUGCGCCGAGUGCAACCAGUUCUUGGACGAAACGUGUACCUGCUUCGUCCGGGACAGCAAGACCUACUGCAAGAGCGACUACGUCAGGCUGUUCGGAACCAAGUGUGAAAAGUGCGGUGAUGGGUUUCGAAAGACGGACUUUGUGAUGCGCGCGAAGGACAAAAUCUACCACGUGGAGUGUUUUCGAUGUGCGCUGUGUGAGAGGCAGCUGGUGCCUGGUGACGAGUUCGCGCUCACCGAGCAUGGCCUCUUCUGCAAGGACGACCACCAGACGGACAAACUGUGCGAAAACAACAACAAUAACACCAAGGUGGCGGCGUUGGACCUCAAGCAGGAGGCGGCCACGCCAAAGUCCUCAGUGCCAUCGCCCUCGGCCGACAGCUCCGACGCCACCGUAUCCAGCAAACGAGAGCGAAAGACCGGUGACAGCAAGACGACCCGCGUGCGGACUGUGCUCAACGAAAAGCAGCUGCACACGCUGCGCACCUGCUACAACGCCAACCCGCGGCCGGACGCGCUCAUGAAGGAACAGUUAGUGGAGAUGACGGGGCUUAGCCCGCGAGUGGUGCGCGUCUGGUUCCAGAACAAGCGCUGCAAGGACAAGAAGCGGGAGAUCUACCUGAAGCAGAUGCAGGAACAGGGGAAGAGCGGCGGCCGGUUCGGCGCCAUCGGCCAGAUGCAGGCCAUCCCGCUGGUAGCCAGCUCACCCGUGCGUCACGGCAGUCCGCUGCCAGCACACAUGGUGGACGUGCAGACCUACCAGCCGCCCUGGAAGGCGCUCACAGAGUUCGCGCUCAACACCGACCUCGAGAGGCUCGACCCCAACAACCCCGCCUUCCAGCAGCUGGCCAGUCAGAUGCACGGUUUCUGCCUGGAGGGCGGUGCCGGUCCGGGUUCGGCGCCGGUGCCCACCAGCCAGCCGCCUGCGUUCGGCGGCGACACGGAUCCACUGCGCUACCCCACGCCCGACGAGCUGCUGGUGGACUGCGCCGAGCAGCAGAGCGACCUCUCCAGUCACAGCGACUGAGACUGAACGACUCACCUCACUCGCCUCUGUGAUAUCCGCGUACGCCGCGGCGGCCGGCGCCACACCGGCCCGGCCGCCGCGGCCCGAGAGAGAGGACGCUUCUUUUGGGCACCUGCUCUAGGUGGAAACCAGUGUUCUAUCUCGUGUUGCCUCUUGUGGUCAUUUGGUAAGUCCUGUCCGCCUGUCGAGCCGAGGAGUGCGGCCUAUUUGACCGCCUUCGUGUGGUUCGUAGGAGAGCAGCUUUCUGUGCUGCGGCUCCUGAAGAUGCCGCUGAGGAUCCCGUUUGAGGAGGAGGCAGCCUUUGGUUCGGUGUUAGCGUUUCACCAGUACAGUACAACGGAGCUCGGUCUGGUGAUAUUGCCGAGUAGACCACUCGGACCUGGUGCUGAGGCACGGGAGGACAUUGCGGCGGGAGCUGUAGGGUGUAGCUGAACGUCUGAUUGUCUGGCUGAACUUCAUCUUCCCUCGAUUACCUUCAGACCCAGCCAAUCAUCAGCCCUUGAACCUGUGUUUCCCUUUCGCCACAAUUACCCUGAAUUUGAAACCAGCUUCGAAGGCGAAAAGGUGAUCGUGAUUUCUUGCUUUGUACCUAAGUUUAUUGUUGGAAGAUGUGUCCAUUUGUAGUUGUAGGGGCAAGAAAGGUUCGCCUUGCAGCUGUUUUCUCGAUGGCAUUAGAGGUAGGAUAAUCCGGCACUUUAUGGCUAACUAUCGAGCAUUGUAUAGUUUCCUCAUUCUUUAUGCCCAUGGCGCAUAGCUCAUGUGGAAAUCGUAUGAUAUUCUUGAAUGCGUUUUAAUUCCGCCAUCGCUUCCUUGCUUCAGCCGGCGUAUCUGAUUGUUUCGCGCCAGCAAACUAGACUCACCCAUAUGCGUGUGCGUGUGUGUGCGUGCGAUUGCCGGUAAGCCACCCGCAUCUGUGCCAGUGUGUGUAGCCAUGUAUCGGACCGUGUGACCUCUAUCGUGCCGUUACGUUUGCGUGGACCUGUGGCC